AUGGCCAACACCGCUCAGGCUAUAGUCGCCUCCGUCGACUACCGCCUCGCGCCGGAACACCGGCUUCCGGCGGCGUAUGAUGAUGCCAUGGAGGCGCUGCGGUGGAUCGGAAAGAGCGAAGAUGAGUGGUUGAGGCAAUACGCGGAUUAUUCGAAGUGUUAUGUUACGGGGAAUAGCGCCGGAGCCAGCAUCGCCUACCACGCAGGUCUUCGUGCAAUUGAAGAGGUAAAUGAUCUUGAACCACUGAAGAUCCAAGGUUUGAUAUUGCGUCAACCAUUCUUUGGUGGAACGCAGAGGACAGAGUCAGAGUUAAGGCUUGAACAUAACCCACUUAUUCCAUUGUGUGUGACGGAUUUUAUGUGGGAAUUGGCGCUGCCAAUCGGUGCUGAUCGUGGCCAUGAGUACUGCAAUGUUAGGGCUGGAAAUGGGGUUGAGAAAUUCGACAAGAUGAGGGAACUUGGGUGGAGGGUAUUGGUGAGUGGCACCAAUGGUGACCCAUUGGUGGAUCGUGACAAGGAGUUGGUACUGUUGAUGGAAGAAAAAGGGGUGCAAGUGGUGAAGGACUUUCAAGAAGAAGGGUUCCAUGGAGUGGAACUUUUUGUGCCAUUGAAAGCACACCAAUUCAAUGCGUUAGUUAAAGAUUUCAUUCACACGAUGGAAGCCUAG